AUGUUAGCUGUGCACUUUGAUAAGCCGGGAGGACCAGAAAACCUUUUUGAAGUGGCCCAGCCCAGCCCAGGGGAGGGUGAAGUCCUCCUGAAGGUGGCAGCCAGCUCCCCGAACCGGGCGGACUUACUCCAGAGACAAGGCCAGUAUGCCCCACCCCCAGGAGCCAGCAACAUUUGGGGACUCGAGGCAUCUGGACACGUGGCAGAGCAGGGGCCUGGCUGCCAGGGACACUGGAAGAUUGGGGCCAGCAUGGUUCUGCUGCCUAGCGGGGGCCAGUAUGUCACUGUCCCUGAAGGGCUCCUCAUGCCCAUCCCAGCAGGACUGACCAUGCCCCAGGCUGCCGCCAUCCCAGAGGCCUGGCUCACCGCCUCCCAGCUGUUACAUCUCUUGGGAAAUGUUCAGGCUGGAGACUCUGGGCUAAUCCAUGCAGGGGUAGUGGGCACAGCUGCCAUCCAACUUACCCAGAUGGCUGGAGCUGUUCCUCUGGUCACAGCUGGCUCCCAGCACAAGCUUCAAAUGGCAGAAAAGCUCAGAGCAGCUGCUGGAUUCAAUUACAAAGAAGAGGAUUUUUCUGAAGCAACACUGAAAUUCAGCAAAGGCGCUGGAGUCAACCUUAUUCUAGACUGCAUAGGCGGCUCCUACUGGGAGAAAAAUGUCAACUGCCUGGCUCUUGAUGAUCGCUGGGUUCUCUAUGGUCUGAUGGGAGGUGCUGACAUCAGUGGGCCUCUAUUUUCAAAGCUACUCUUUAAAGGAAGUCUGAUCACCAGUCUGCUAAGAUCUAGGGACAAAAAGUACAAGCAGAUGCUGGUGAAGACUUUCACAGAGCAAAUUCUGCCCCACUUCUCCACGGGGAACCCUCAACGUUUACUGCCGGUUCUGGACAGAGUCUACCCCAUAACUGAAAUCCAAGAAGCCCAUGCGUACAUGGAGACUAACAAGAAUGUGGGCAAAAUCGUCCUGGAGCUGCCCAGUGAAGGAGGAGGGGCAGUACAGGACAAGGCUACCUCAGGUCUUCCAAGAGCAAACUUGGAGAAAAUUCACAGUACUCAGGCGACCGGUGGACUUGAAGAGUGGCACGUGGACUGUGGCCGUCAGGGUGGGGGUGAGGUGGGAGUCGGGACUGGCAUCGCCGAGGGGAUUACAGAAGAGGCCCGGUCAGCUGAUGCUGAACUUCGGGGGCUGAGCCAGCGCCAGGGGUUCUGGCAGCGCGCGCCCCGCAGGCCUGGACCCCACUCUAGUCCCCGCCUUCUCCGGCAACUCACCCAGGCGCAAACCCACCUCUCACAACUCUCCUCAGGCUCCACCCCCUUCUGCCAGCUUCCGCUGCUCUGGGCCUCCGCGACCGGAACACCGCCCCUUCUUAAGCCCAGGCCCCGCCUUUCAACCUUCCGGCCUCUUAAGUGUCUCAGCCCCGUUUUGCGCCGGAGUCUUUUCCUGAGCGGAGACUACGUCAGCACGUUUUGGCGUGAGACGGUGGUAUUCCGGUGUGUUAGAACAGCUUCCGGCGGGGUCUGGAUGUUGAUGUCCUGCUUCUGA